UUAUUUGAUGGCACGAAUGCCUUAGAAACCAGGUCAAAAUGUGAGUGUCACUGACCUUAAUCUUUGCGUCGAUGCUGUGCUUACAUCGAUUGUUCGAGUAAGAGGAAAGCUUUUCCUGACGAGCGGCGUUUGGAGGAGCUCUUGUUACAUAAUUGGUCUUCGUGUAAUUUUUCUUCGUUUGAGAAAAACGAAAAUCGUCGAGAAUAAGGCGUCACGAAUAGAAAAAAAAUCUGAUGGUUUGCUGAUGGGCAGUCUUAUGAAAGACGACGACAUAAAGUCAUGCAAACUCGCUCGAACGAACCGACUGCAGUUAUUCCCGAUCGAAUCGAAAUUUCCACUCUCUUGAGCAGUGUUGCAGGAAGAAAGAAUAAGAAAAGUCGUGCUGUCCUUUACCGCAUCAAUUUCAGUUCCUGAGAAGUCAGGGGACUAAUCCAAGUUAUUCCCCACUUGUUGCUUUUCCAUAAUCAUCAAAGUCGGUGCUUCUUGUGCGCUGUGGUGAGCGUAGGCAUGGAUCAUCACUGCUGGAAGCCAUGCUAAUACUCAGCCAUUUCGCAUUCACUUGGUGAAAAGCCUGGGGAGUGACGCUAUAGUGAUACUGUAUAGUUCCGGGCUGACUUGCAAUGCUGUCAAUGUUGGCUUGGAUGCUCUAGACCCAACAAGCCAUGGACCCAAGGAAAGGUUCUUGAAGAGCUGGUGCUGUGGCCUGGCAGGAAAAAACAUGAUUCAUUGAGUUGUGGUAGGAACUGAGAAGGUCCGUCGACCUCUGGUGACAUGUUGGCAGUUCAGGCAAACAAGGUGCCUGGGCCAAUGAAUGGCGGCCGCUUCGACUUCGACGAUGGCGGCACUUACUGUGGCGGCUGGGAAGACGGCAAGGCCCAUGGGCACGGCGUUUGUACUGGGCCUAAAGGACAGGGCGAAUAUUCUGGGUCAUGGCACUUUGGCUUUGAAGUGUCAGGUAUCUACACUUGGCCCAGCGGUGCCACGUAUGAAGGCCAAUGGCAAAAUGGCAAGCGACAUGGACUGGGUGUCGAGACAAGAGGUCGAUGGUCUUACAAAGGCGAGUGGACUCAAGGCUACAAGGGUCGCUACGGAGUCAGGCUCAGCCUGACAUCGAAUGCCAAGUAUGAGGGAACCUGGGCCAGUGGUCUGCAGGAUGGCUACGGAUCUGAGACGUACGCGGACGGAGGAAUGUACCAAGGCCAGUGGAUGCGGGGGAUGAGACAUGGAUACGGCAUCAGAACAAGUGCACCUUACGGUCUGGCAUCCCACCUGAAACCCAAGGGAGCUGUGGACAACUCUUUGCGAGAUGCAGAGUCCCCGGGUCCUGGUGGGAACUCAGCCGGGGUAGUAGCAGGAGACCCAGCAGCUGACAGGGACAAAAAGAUGGACGAUGGCAGAGGAGGAUUUGUGCUGAAAGCGAGAAGCGAUGACGUGCCCAAAGAACGGAGACGAGGAUCCCUGAUUGAAAAGUCCACCACAAUGAAGAGAUCUCUUUUCCAGCGUUUGCGAAAACAACGGAGCACCGGUGACUUGGACAAGAAAGGCACGGGCAGUUUGAAAUCCGCGACGAGCACAGCCAGUUGGGCGAGCACUGAUUCGGGGGCGUCCGGGAUGUCGCCCGACGGCGAGAUCGAUUCGAACGCCAGUUUCGUCACUCAGGAUGAACAGGUCGAGCCGCAAGUCACGGAGACUUACAUGGGUGAAUGGAAGAACGACAAGAGAAGCGGGUUCGGGAUCAGCGAGCGGACGGACGGACUCAAGUACGAAGGCGAAUGGUUCAACAACAAAAAGUACGGCUACGGCGUGACGACUUUCAAAGACGGCACAAAGGAGGAAGGGAAGUACAAGAACAACAUCCUCAUUACCUCUCACAAAAAGAAGCACAUGUUCCUGAUUCGGUCGGCGAAGUUCAGGGAACGGAUCGAACAAGCUCUCGCAGCCGCUGCCAGGGCGUCGAAAAUUGCACUCCAGAAGGCCGACAUUGCCAUUUCGAGGACCGCGAUGGCAAGAGGCAAAGCAGACCACGCUGACAUCGCUGCAAUGCAUGCGCGGGAAGAUGCAGAUUUAGCAUGUAUGUGUGCCAAACAGUUUGCUCCGGAUUUUCGCCCUCCAGGUGCGGAUUUGCAGCGAGCACAGCCGAAACCAACGAUCGCGACGCCGCCGCCGCAACUGGAGGUGACGAGCCCGAGCGGGCUCGUCUGCGGGAACAUGUCGAACUGGAUGCCGGAGCGAGACCAAGUCCUGCAGCAGCUACAGAAGCAGCUCCAACAGCAGCAACACCAGCACCCGACGGCGCACCAGUUCGGACCCAGCCCCCGACAACGGCCCCAGCGCGGCGGGUCCGUGGACCCCAACGAACUCAUGAACGAGCGCUUCAGUCACUACGAUCGUCGCAGUCGCGAUCGGAGUCGCGACAGCUCCGUCGACCGGUUCAGCCACCGCUCGUCGCGCUACUCGUCACGUCAGAACCUGCCCGGUGCAGAGACAGCGCCGCCGUUCUCACGCGUCGGCGCCGGGCCGCUCCAACAAUCCCUGCGUCGCCAGCCGGGCAACCCGAGCCCCGACGCCGGGCCCCACGUCGCCGAUCACGCUCAGUCCGGUCUGAGUUCUGGCCUGUUCCCCAGUCAGCACGGAGGCGCCUCGCCGUUCCCUAGUGAGUCGUCCUUUGAUCCCCACGUGAUAAACUCCGAGUCCGGCUUGGGAUACUACGUGCCAUCCGAGCCGUCUGUGAUGGCUCCGUCUCCCACCCCCAGUGCUGGGCCCAAACGCACCGAGUCCCUCUACAUCACUCCUGUUGCCAAAAGCAAAGAACCAUCCGGUAAGGCAGCAGUAUUGGGUGGCUCUGGAGGUGCGCCUUCUGGCGGAGUGAGGAAAAGGAAGAAAAGCUUGCCGACGUCCGAGAAAAUAGAGAAGGAAGUCGGUCAGGUUAUGUCUCGUGAGGAAGUGUCGUUUUUGAGCCACAACCGUCGCCAAGAAAUUCAUCGGGAAAUAGAAGAGACUGCGAGGUACCGCGCCAAUCCCCUCCUCUAUCUUUGCAGUCCAGGUGUUAGAGACUGGUUCUCAAGACAGCAGCUUGUAUUGGUCGUCCUCAUCAUCAACAUAUCACUGGCGUAUCUCUUCUUCCACUUGCUCACCUGAUGGAUUUUCCAUGACGUACGGUUGUUUAUGGAAACUAGCGGACAGUUCCGCUUUGGAUUUUUUUUCCGAAAGUACCGAGGCGCAUGUCUAUUUUAAGAACAAUUAUAAUGUUGGGAUGAAGGGAACUGAAGGAUUGUACUGUCCGGAGAUCCGGGCGACUUCCGUGUUCCCCGAUGAGAGUUGGGAAGCGUGGUCCUGCGCUUUAAUUGCUCGCCACGAGGCUCUGAAGCAUUUUCUCCCGACACUGUUUUCCCGGUGGAUUUGUUGCAUAUUUUCAUACUUGUGUGAUGAGGGAGGCGUGCGGCGGAGAGAAAAAGAACAAAGAAGAGAGCUAGUUGCAUCCCUGGAGGCGCGAGGUCCGUCGUGUUUUAUUUUUGACGCCCCGGAAUCUCCGAGCCCGAGUGUAUGUUGUCGAGUGCGACCUCCAGUUGUAAAGUUGCCUUCAUCGAAACAACAGAAAGGUAUUCCUGCUUUGGCAAAGGUUUUCAUGAACCCCCUCACCGCUGAAGAGUCGUACUAUUCCGCGUUAUUUAAUGUUUGCGAAUUAUUGCUGUGCACCUUUGCAUGGAGCCGUUGAUUCCGAGAAUCGUUGUUUUUUUUUUCUUUCGUUCGGACGCGCGGGAUCGCGUUUUCCCUUUGACAACCAUAAGCUGGCGCGGUUUGAACAGAGCCGUGGGCGCCGAGCAAAUUUGUGGCAUCUGUGAUUUCCGUAGAUUUCUUUCGAGUUUCGUUCAAACGCCGAUCGUGCUCUCUGAUGCUGCUUUGAUCAUUAACUCAGGAGCACGGAUUCCCCGCCCCCUCCCGAUGUUUAUAUGAGCGCAGCGUUAGUCGUAUUCAUCGCAGAUGAGACUCCUCAUUUUUUCUGGGAUAUCAAAUCACGGCAACACUUUUUUUCAUUUUUGUUGAAAUCAUUCUUCGGGAAGUUGUUCGUUUGCCAACGGGUUUCUGUAUAGCUCGCUCAACAAUUUCUCGAGCUCCGGCAGACUUGCGCCUAUAGUCCACUUUCGCAACCGAGUCUCCUUUUGGCAAAUUAUGCAACUGAACAGAGCUGUUCGGCAUAUGUAUGUCACGCUUACCAGAGGAUGUAUUCUCCUCACGAGGACCACGACCUCCCGAUUUUGGUUUUUAUAUCGUUUCGUUUCCGCAUUGUCGUUGAUUUGUUGCUCGUUUGUUUUGAAUACAUUGUUACCGAGCUCCGCGGGACUCGAGUGCCGCUGAGGACCUUGAGUGCUGCUUGUUUGGAGGCGACUUUGAACUCGGAGGCGUGCGGUGAGCGUCAUCUUCCCAUUUCUACCAAAAAAGAAGAAGAAGAAGAAGAAAACGCAACAGCUGAUGCUAAACAUUUUUUAUUUGUUUUUGUUUCAUCAGCUGAGAAACAGCAUCAGCAUCACCCAUAAGCAUAUGCCUUGCUUCCACUUAUGUGUUUCAUACAAUGGAAUCAUGGGUUGCCCCAAAAGACGAAGUUGUCGCGACUGUUUUCGGAAUAAAUACACUAUCGAAACCUUGACUGAAA